AUGCGUUUUGCCCAAGCUGUGGCUGCUGCGGCCGUGGUGCUGUCUACAGUCGCUGAAGCCGUCAAUGUCAACCCCCUACCAGCACCGAGAUCGAUAGAAUGGGGUGAUUCGGGCCCUGUAUACCUCGCUCCCUUCGUUUCAUACCAUGGAUCACGCGAGCAGAACCUCAAGGAAGCAUGGGACCGGUGCUACAGAACCAUUGUCAAGCUUCGAUGGACGCCUACAGUGCUCAACGUCCCUUUCCCUACCUUUGACCCAUUCCCUAACCCACCCAAGGCAAAGAGAGGAAACUCUGCUCCAAGAACCUCGAUCAGAAGGGUCAAUGUCGUGGUGGAGGAUCCUAAUGCAAAGCUGUCUCAUGGCGUGAACGAAGCUUACAGCCUGGUGAUCAGUAAGGAAUCGAACAGCAUCGAAAUAAAGGCCCAUACAGUCUGGGGAGCUCGCCAUGCAUUCACUACUCUGCAGCAGCUGAUCAUUGUCGACGAGAGUAACGGCCAUUUGAUGGUCGAACAGCCCGUCACAAUCAAAGAUGCACCCCUAUACCCUGUACGAGGUAUCAUGAUAGAUACGGGCCGUAACUUCAUUUCCAUGCCCAAAAUCAAGGAACAGCUCGAUGCCAUGGCUCUGUCAAAGCUAAAUGUCCUCCAGUGGCACAUCACCGACACCCAAUCUUGGCCGAUUCGAGUCGAUGCUUAUCCCCAGAUGACCACGGAUGCGUAUUCACGCCGCAUGACCUAUAGCCAUGGGGAUGUUAAGGAAGUCAUUAACUAUGCUCGACAACGUGGAAUCCGUGUCAUCCCUGAAAUAGACACUCCCGGCCACUCUUCAUCGGGCUGGAGACAGAUUGAUCCCGAACUAGUGUCGUGUGGCAAGUCCUGGUGGUCCAACGAUGACUGGCCCAAACAUACCGCGGUCGAACCCAACCCAGGACAGCUUGAUCUAGCCUACGACAAGACCUACGAGGUUAUGGAGAACAUUUAUGCCGAACUGAGUGCACUCUUUGAGGAUGACUUCUAUCAUCUCGGCGGUGAUGAGCUGCAGCCAAACUGCUACAAAUUCAGCUCCCAUAUCACUAAAUGGCUUGCCGACCACCCAUCUAGUACCCUGAAUGACUUGCUUCAGGCAUAUGUUGACAGACUCUUCCCGGCCCUUAAGAAGCGCAAAGACCGUCGUUUCAUCACUUGGGAAGACAUGUUCCUCUCUGAGAACAUUCACGCAAAGAAUAUGCCAAAGGAUACCAUCAUGCAGUCCUGGAACAAGGGAAUCGAAAACAUUAAGAACCUUACCUCUAACGGCUACGACGUUAUCGUCUCCUCUGCCGAUUUCUUCUAUCUUGACUGUGGUAACGGCGGCUGGGUCUCCAACGACCCCAGAUACAACGUCAUGACGAACCCUGACCCAAAAACACCAAACUUCAACUAUCUCGGUGACGGUGGUUCUUGGUGUGCUCCAUACAAGACCUGGCAGCGUAUUUACGACUAUGACUUCACUGACGGCCUCACUGACGAGGAGAAGAAGCAUGUCCUAGGCGGUAUCGCGCCUCUCUGGUCCGAACAGGUAGAUGAUGUCAACAUCUCCCCCAAGUUCUGGCCCCGUGCCGCUGCUCUCGCUGAACUGGUCUGGUCCGGCAAUCAUGACGACAAGGGUAAGAAGCGAACAACAAAUAUGACCGCCCGUAUCCUGAACUUUAGAGAAUACCUCGUUGCCAACGGUGUCGGUGCUGUGCCACUUCAGCCUAGAUAUUGUCUCCAGAAUCCACAUCACUGUGACCUCUUCCUUGACCAGAAUGCAAUCCAGUAA